UGGCGAGCGGCCGGGGUGGAUAGCCGCGCUGCGGGAACCGCUUGUGUACCGAGGGCGUCGGGGAAUGUGUGUCCAACUCACCUCCGUUAACCGUUGAAAGGAACGGCCACAGCCGUCACAAAAUCCUGUCGCCUUGAAGCAGGAGAAUAAGGGAUGUCGGAGGCCGGCACUCCCACCAGGCUCAGUUACUCCGAUUGGGGAAGAUGGCGUGUAGCGCCCGGCAGCUAGAAUCAAAUCUCCCAGGAGCGAAGACCUAAGGGUCAGAGAGAACCGAGGAGAAUGACGGUGUUGGGUAAUGUUAGACAUGAGCAGAGCAAGGACGAUGGUCCAGAAUCUGAUGUUCCAGCAGAACUCCAGGUGUUAAAAGGACCGCAGCAGCAGCAGCCAACCUUCCCUUUUGCAGUUGCCAACCAACUAUUGCUUGUCUCUCUGCUGGAACACUUGAGCCAUGUGCAUGAACCAAACCCAUUUCGUUCAAGACAGGUGUUUAAAUUACUUUGUCAGACCUUUAUCAAAAUGGGGCUGCUGUCUUCUUUCACCUGCAGUGAUGAGUUCAGCUCAUUGAGACUACAUCACAACAGAGCCAUCACUCAUCUAAUGAGGUCAGCGAGAGAGAGCGUUCGUCAGGAUCCUUGUGAGGAUAGUUCUCAUAUUCCGAAGAUCAGAUCAAGGGAAGUAGCCUUUGAAGCACAGACUUCACGUUACUUAAAUGAGUUUGAAGAGGUUUCCAUCUUAGGAAAAGGUGGAUAUGGAAGAGUAUACAAGGUCAGGAAUAAAUUAGAUGGUCAGUAUUACGCGAUUAAGAAAAUCCUGAUUAAGGGUGCAACUAAGACAGAUUGCAUGAAGGUUCUACGGGAAGUGAAGGUGCUGGCGGGUCUUCAGCACCCUAACAUUGUGGGCUAUCACACUGCUUGGAUUGAGCAUGUUCACGUGGCCCAAACGCACGCAGAUAGAAUUUCUGUUCAGUUGCCAUCUCUGAAAGUGAUCUCCGCCCAGGAGGGCGACAGAGAUCAAUAUGAUGUUAAAAAUGAUGAAAGUAACAGCUCAUCCAUUAUCUUCGCCGAGUUGACCUCAGAAAAAGAAAAACUCUUAGGAGAGUCUGGCAUUGAAAAUCAGAAUAACAAAUUGGUGAACUAUACCCCCAAUCUAGUCACAAGAAAUGCCAGUGGAUUUGAAUUAUCCAUUGAGCUCCAAGAAAAUGGCCUGGAUGAGUGGUCUUCCAGAUCGAUGGCUGCGAAUCAGCUGCCACUUAGGCUUAAUUCAGACUUGGAGGGGAAUUUCACAUCCACUGAGGAAUCGUCUGAAGAAAACUUAAACAUGGUGGGACAGACAGAGAUGCAAUACCACCUGAUGCUGCACAUCCAGAUGCAGUUGUGUGAGCUCUCCCUGUGGGACUGGAUCGUGGAGAGGAACAGGCGGAGCCGGGAGUGUGUGGAUGAGUCUGCCUGUCCUUACGUUAUGGCCAGUGUUGCAACAAAAAUUUUUCAAGAAUUGGUGGAAGGUGUAUUUUACAUCCAUAGCAUGGGGGUUGUGCACAGAGACCUGAAGCCCAGAAAUAUUUUUCUUCAUGGCCCUGACCAGCAAGUGAAAAUAGGAGACUUCGGUCUGGCCUGCACAGACAUCAUACAGAACCCAGACUGGACCGGCAGGGAUGGGAAGAGACCACCAACACAUACUUCCAGAGUGGGCACCUGCCUGUACGCAUCACCCGAACAGCUGGAAGGAUCUGAAUAUGAUGCCCAGUCGGACAUGUACAGCUUGGGCGUGAUCCUGUUGGAGCUCUUCCAGCCGUUUGGAACAGAAAUGGAGCGAGCACAGGUUCUAACGGGUCUGAGAACUGGUCAGAUGCCCGAGUCCCUCAGCCAGAGGUGUCCCGUCCAAGCCAGGUGCAUCCAGGAGCUGACCAGAAAGAACGCAUCCCAGAGGCCGUCGGCUAUACAGCUGCUGCAGAGCGACCUUUUCCAGAAUCCCGGAAGCGUCAAUCUCACCCUGCAGAUGAAGAUAGUAGAGCAAGAAAAAGAAAUAGAAGAACUAAAGAAGCAGUUACGCCUCCUUUCUCAAAACGAAGGGGUGAAGGAUGACAUGAAAGAUGGGGGUGUUCCUGUCUAGCUUAGUCUCUAGAAAUAUAAAAAUGAACUUCAACUCUAUAAGCUAAACCCAACUGGAAUAUAUAGUUUCAGUCUUAGGGUAUAGAUGGUGAAAUACUUGGUUUUAGUCAGGAAGCUUGUACAUGAUUUAUUCAAGUGAGAUUGCGGAAGUACCACCACCUACUUCCUUAAGUAGCCCUUUCCUGACCCAGCACCGGAACUCGACUGCUCUAAACACCUAUUGUACUCUUUCCUGUCUUUGUCCCACAAGCUCCUGUUCCUGAUUUCUUAGUAUUAGUGUCUGUCUAGUCUCUCAGACUAAAAGUUUAGGCAUCAACAUCAGUUCUUUUUCUUUUGAACUCUGUCCCCCUCUAGAAGCUUCUGCAGAAAUCUGAGUGUGCUCCACACCGUCACCACCCAGAUCCAGCCUGCGCACGAGCUGGGCUUUUUUUAACCCUCUCACACGCUGCUAGUCAACCGCCAGGACAUCUCAGUUCCCGCCAGGCUCAAAAGCCUUCGCUGCCUCCAAGAGAACACUGCGGCUUGGCAGUGCAUGUCGCCCAGUCUAUGUCUGUCCUCAUCACCUCCAACCUGGCAUCAUCAUGCCCUUUCAGGGCUCUGUACUUCGUGCCCCGAAAUGAUUUCAAAGCAGCUUGGACGCCAGUGUUCCUGAUUUUGCCCCUGCAUUGUUCUUCACAGCACCGGACUCCUAUGCUCCAAGUCAGCAAUAUGACAUGCUCAUCUUUGCACUCAGAGGCGCCUGCCGCCUGGCUGGCAGGUGUUGUGGUAUACUGCAUGUGAUACCGCUGAAUUUUAAAUAAAACAGACCCACAAGUUA